GGAGAAAGGAAAGGGGCUGGGAUGUGAGCAGGCCGGCUCAGCCUCCCAGCCCGAGCCGGGCAGAAGGCCCUACGGACCCGCCGACGGCUCCACCCGGACCCCGACCGGGCCCCUGACCCCAACCCUGACCCCGAGCCGGACCCCAGAAGGAGCCCGACAGGACAUCACUCAGCCCAAGGUCAAGACCCUUGCCUACCAAGUUGUCAGGGGAGCAGAGCCCUGUUGCCCUGCAGCCUCUCCGUCAAACACAGGGACGAUGGCGGGGAAGUCAGAGAAGAGAAUCGCCUCGUCCAUCUUCAUCACCCUAGCGCCACCCCGCAAGGACAAGGCCGUGGUGGAGGAGGUGAGGCAGACGGGUGGCGCGGCCCAGGUCAGUCACCCCCGUGACCCCACCUCGGCCAAGAAGGCUCCUGGCGGCAGCCUCGGGGGGAAACCGAGUAACUGGAGCGCAGGCAUCCCUCCGUCCCAACCACCACCUGCCCAGCUGUCCAAUGGAGGUUCCUCCUUCCCUCCUCCCAUUCCAGACAACGAGGAUGCCUUCCAAGACCUUGAACUUCUUUUGCCACCUCCUCCACCCUACCUGCUCCUCUCAGGGGAGGAGGAGGAGGAGAAGGAGAAGACACUCAGCUCGGACCUGCAGCAGCUGCACCUGGUCACCCCAUUACCCCCGCCGCAGGCUCCAGCCAAGGAUCCCCAGAGCUGGGCCCCGCCCGAACUCCCCAGAUCAACAGCGGAGCUGCCCAUGACCCCACCAAACCCCACUGGCCGCCCCGAGAGAGAAGAAUCCCCAGAUAUCUGUGCCUUCUGCCAUAAAGUCAUAACCCCCCAUGAAGUGGGGGUGGAGGCCAUGAAAAAACAGUACCACGCCCAGUGUUUCACCUGCCGCACCUGUCAUCACCAGCUGGCAGGCCAGCGCUUCUACCAGAAAGAUGGCCGCCCCCUCUGUGAGCCCUGCUACCAGGACACCCUGGAGAAAUGUGCCCAGUGCCACCUGGUGAUUCAGGAACACAUCACCCGUGCCAUGGGCCAGGCCUUCCACCCUGACUGCUUCAUCUGCAUGGUGUGUGCUCGGCCCAUUGGGGAUGAGAACUUCGCCCUGGACGAAGAGAACCAGCCCUACUGCUUGGACGACUUCUACCGGAAAUUCGCCCCUGUGUGCAGCAGCUGUGAAAAUCCCAUCAUCCCCAGGGAUGGGAAAGACACCUUCAAAAUUGAGUGCAUGGGACGAAAUUUCCAUGAAAACUGCUACAGGUGUGAGAACUGUAGGAUCCCCCUGUCCAUUGAGCCAACGGAUAAAGGUUGCUACCCACUGAACGAUCGUCUCUUCUGCAAACCUUGCCACGUGAAGCAGAGCGCUGCAGGGUGCUGCUAGGGUCCCUCGGGGGACCCUGGCCCCAGACAGCGGAUGCAGCAGCCCUCCACCCCCCUGCCCCUCAAUCCCACCCCCAACCCUCCUCCCAGCCAUGGGAAAGUGACAAUCUGUCCCCAUUCUGGGGUGAAAUCCUGAGCCAACCACUGCAGCCUAGACUCCUCUGCCCUCCCUUUUAGUAAAACCCCAAAAUAGGGGUCCUAUCCACCUCUCUCCCAUCAAGCUCUGAGAUCCUCACGACUCUUUCCUGAGUCCACCCAGGAAGAGUCCAUUCGACUGUAGAGCUCUGAAAGCCCCGGGCUUUUUUCGUGAGGUCACGGCCGUGGAAUUUAUUUAGUACUUGUGGUGUUUUUGGAAUCCCAGUGCUGCUCCGGGAGGGGGAGGUGAGGCCACAUGCUGUUCCUCUCCACAAAGCCCCGCUGGAUAAGGAGAGCGCUCCGGCUUGGAGGGAGCUGGAAAUCUUUACCCACAGCUUUGCACGCACCCGCGAUCCCUGGCUUCUCCCUGCAGCUGUCGGAUGUGGGGAAUCUAUGGGCCGGUGUCAGCGGUGGACUCGCAGGCCCGCUGCUGGCAUGGUAGCCGGUGAACUUAAAGAUGAGUGAUGAGAAAGGACACCCAGCUGAAGGAUGGCCCUCAUCCCCCGGCCAGUUGCUGGAAUUCUAUUCCCAAGUGGGAGAAACCACACGUGGCAAUGGAAGAUUCAUCGUGAGGAGAGGAGCUGCAGUCCUGUCCUGGAAAGAGCGGCUUCAUGUACCCAUCACGCAAUCGGGAUAAGUGAUCUUUGAGCUACUGCCUGAAAGUCGAUGCGACCCCAGGCUGGGGGCCUGGGAGAUGGCUGCUUCGGUCCACACAUCUAGUCCCCCGAGCUCACACUAGAAGCCAGUCCUGGAGCUGGAAUGUGCUUGUGACCUCCCGUUUGCAGGUUCUCGGGUAACCAGGAGGAACCCCUGAUUCUUUCGCCCCAUCUGGGUUCCCGAAACCUCCCUCUGCCUUUCCCAGGACUCCCCCCCCCCCAAAAGCCACAAGGGGACGGGGCCUCAUUGAUCCUUCUCUUUCCUUUCCACUUCGCCAAACUACCAAGCCCCGCUGCCUGCCGACAAGCCGCUUUGCCUAACAAAGGUGGCGGCCAGGAUGACUCACCAGCACUGACACUUUAAAUCAAGCACCAGAUAAGGGGGUCCCAUCAGGGGACCCGGAGCAAUCAAUGCUAGAAGCUUGGAUUUGGGGGAACUUAAAUUCUCUGGCAGGAGAACUGUUGGAGGACUUUAGGAAUCGGGAUGUUUCUGGGCUUUUCCUGUGGAUUGAGACUUUUCUCAGAUGGUUCCUUUUCACGCAGCUUUGGAACUUGUCAAGAAUGCUUCCCAAUCUCAGCCUGAUCCCCGUGGCCCCCUCCAGCCGGCGGCCUCAGCUGCCCCACAAGAUGGCUGGCUUCGCCAGACGGCGCCCGCUUCCCCAGCUCGCUGGGUUGUGACCCCGACUUCUCCUUCCCCGCCCUGCCAGGGCCUACCCCAGAAGAACCCUCCUCUUCUCUAACACAGAUCUGUAGGUCCCAAAGCCCCGGGGCUAUCACCAGGAAGCUCCGGGGGUAUUUUAGAUGUUAUUUUCCCUGCUAGGAUAGCCUCAGGGUAACACAUUUCCCUUUUUGAAAAUAGUAAAUAUGACCAAGACCCACA